AUGGUUGGAAGGUUUGACGGACCCCCAUUCAAUAUAGACGCAUGGUUAGACCGUAGAACCAAUGCCAAUGCUUUAAUUGAUAGUGGGUGCCUCACCUAUGGGAUCAUCAAAGAGACCUUCGCUCGAAAGAAAAAGCUGAAUUGUAGCGCUAUUAAACCUCGACCUAUUAAGGGAUAUGAUGGUUCGGCACCUCAAUACAUCAAAGAAAUUGCAUGCGUGACAUUAGAUAUCGGGGGAAAUAUACAGGAGAAAGCCUACUUCUAUGUGGUUCCGAAGUGCGAAUACGAUAUGAUAUUGGGUCUCCCAUGGAUGGAACACCAACAUGUAAGAAUUGACGCCGCUGGAGGCCGACUGGAAUUCGGGAACGGAAUAUCCGUCGAUAAAAAGAACCUGUUACGACCUGAGUACGCCCCCCGACAGAUCGGUGCAGCUGCGGUGAACGCUUUGAAAAGGAUGCGAAGCAGGAAAAAGGAGGUCGACAUAUUUGCAGUCUCCAUGCGGGAUAUUGAGAAAGCUCUGGCCCCGAAACCACAGACAGACCCAGGGAACAAGCUACCUAAGCAUUACCACGAGUUCCUGGAACUAUUUGACCCGAAGGAAGCUGACAAGCUACCACCGUCACGUCCGAAUAUCGACCAUCAGAUUGAACUAAUUGACGCCGACGCGAAGGGGCGCAAGCCAGAGAUACCAUGGGGCCCUCUCUAUAACAUGUCACGGGAAGAACUGCUGGUCCUACGGAAAACUCUCCACGACUUACUGUCGAAGGACUUCAUACGUGUGAGCAACUCGCCCGCUGCAGCGCCGGUACUGUUUGUAAGGAAACCCGGAGGAGGACUGCGCUUCUGCGUCGAUUAUCGGGCGCUCAACGCUAUGACAAAAAGGGACCGAUAUCCACUACCGUUAAUACAUGAGACCCUACAACGAAUAUCUAAAGCCCGAUGGUUUACAAAGCUUGACGUUACAGCGGCCUUCCAUAAGAUACGCAUCGCCGAAGGAGACGAGUGGAAGACAGCUUUCCGAACCAGGUUUGGACUCUAUGAAUGGUUAGUAACACCUUUCGGCCUUACCAAUGCGCCGAGCACGUUUCAACGAUACAUCAAUUGGACCCUUCGCGAGUUCCUGGACGACUUUGUAUCUGCCUAUCUGGACGACGUGCUUAUCUUUACGGAAGGCAGCCGCGCGCACCAUCGGAAACAGGUAAUGAGGGUGCUAGAACGCCUGCGCACUGCGGGACUACAGCUAGAUAUCAAUAAAUGCGAGUUCGAGGUGCAGACAACAAAAUACCUCGGAUUCAUAUUAGAAGCUGGAAAAGGGAUCCGAAUGGACCCCGCGAAAGUCUCUGCCAUUUUGGAAUGGAAAGCCCCAACGUGUGUGAAAGACGUGCGAUCGUUCCUAGGGUUCGCAAAUUUCUACCGACAGUUUAUCCGAGGGUAUUCCGACAUAAUCCGUCCGCUGACAGAACUGACUAAAAAGGGAACUACCUUCGUUUGGACCAAGGCCGCCAAUGAAGCCUUCGAACAACUAAAGCAAAUGUUUGUGAGCGACCCAAUACUAGUGCAAUUCGACCCCGAGCAGGAUACAAUCGUGGAAGCCGACUCUUCGGGAUAUGUCGUAGGGGGGACAUUAUCACAGUACGAUAACAAAGGACUCCUACGAACCUGCGCCUACUUCUCCCGAAAGUGCACGCCCGCGGAGUGCAAUUACGAGAUCCACGAUAAGGAGCUAUUGGCGAUAAUAGCGUGUCUGAAGCAAUGGGAACCUGAACUAAUUGGCACUAAGGAGUUUACUAUCCUGACCGACCACCGGAAUCUUAAAUACUUCAUGCAGCUCCGACGGUUGAAUGAAAGGCAAAUGAGAUGGGCCGGUAUACUCUCACGCUUCAACUAUAAGCUCCAAUACCGGCCAGGGCGACUAGCUGCCAGACCUGAUGCACUAUCGCGACGCUCGCAAGAUAUGCCCGAUGGGAUUGACGAUGAACGCCUAGCAUACCGAAAUAAGCGUCUUAUCAACCCUAACAAGGUACGGAGAGACUAUCCAGAACAACCUCCCCAGGGUCGCUUAUCGAACACCGCACCUGAACCCCAUGUCCACGCUACCCACAUAGAGCACUUAACGUCAAUUGGAGAACAGUGGCGACUAGCCGAAGCCGAGGAUAAGAAUUAUGAACGAAUCAAAGAGGCCGUACGCCAGAAGCUCCCGCGGUUCCCUCAAGACCUACAACUUCGCACCAUGGUAUCCGAAUGCACGAUCGAUGCAGCGGACCGGUUACUAUUUCGAAACCGACAAUGGGUACCAAACAGCGAACCACUCCGCACUCGUAUUAUACAAGAUACGCACGACUCCUAUCUCACCGGACACCCAGGCCGAAACAUGACCUAUGCCAUCGUGGCCCGACAACUAUAUUGGCCGAACCUAUCUGAGGAUGUCCGAAGGUUCGUGAAUAACUGCGACAAAUGUGGUGCGAACACCGUAUGGAGACAACGCCGACAAGGGUUAUUAAAACCGCUCCCUGUUCCCUCGCGAAUGUGGCGAGAUAUUAGUAUGGAUUUUAUAGAGAAACUCCCAAUGUCCGACGGGAAUACGAAUCUCAUGGUAAUCGUUGACCGACUGGGAAAAGGGAUUAUAUUGGUACCAUGCAAACACAUAGAUACUGAGACAGUGAUAUCGAAGUUCGUUGACCGAUUCAUACGCGAACAUGGGCCGCCUAGCAGCAUUAUAUCGGAUCGGGGCACGCAAUUUGUUAAUGACCUUUGGAAAGGCGUGUGCGAACGUCUAAAGAUCAUGAGACGAUUGUCAACCGCGCAUCACCCCCAAACUGAUGGACAGACGGAACGUGCUAACUCUGUGGUGGAAGAAUACCUGCGGAACUUCUGUACCUACCUCCAAACCGACUGGAGCCCACUAACCGCAAUUGCGCAACUCGCAAUAAACGGGCGCGACGCUACUGCAACUGGUAUCAGCCCCUUCUUCCUGACCCAUGGAUACAACGUCGAACCACUCCAGUUAGAUGAAGCUAUCCCCACAUCUGAGCAGCAAAGACCCGCCGCCGAACGUGCAAACGAUAUAGUUACUAAGCUACGGCAGGCCUUUGAUAUAGCGCAGACUGAGCUUGUCUCAGCGCAGCAGCGAAUGGAAGAUAGUGCGAACCGUCGCCGAGAGACUCCUCUGGAGUAUAAAGUAGGACAGAAGGUAUGGUUAGACCUUCGGAACAUUCGGACCGAACGACCUUCGAAGAAGCUGGACGCCCGACAUGCGAAAUAUACUAUACUAGAGAAAGUGGGAUCCCAUGCGUACCGACUCGAUGUCCCCGGAACUAUUCAUGAUGUUUUUCAUACGACGCUCCUCCGCCCUGCGGGCACACGUCCGCUCCCUUCACAGACCCGACACGAUUACCAGCCACCAGCGCACCUAGUAGAAGGCAAUGAAGAGUACCUAGUCGAUAGCAUACUCGACGAACGGACCAUACGUCGGGGCCGCGGACAUAUGAAGCAAUACCUUGUCCGUUGGACCGGAUAUGCGCGACCUACAUGGGAACCUGCCCGGUCCAUGGAAGACACCGAAGCACUCGACCACUGGCUCCAACACCACAACGCCCUUGCCGAAGGGGGGGAGUAA